GAGUUCUAGAGCGAGGAGAACGAUAAGAGCGAUGGAAGCGCAGCAUCCCACUCUUGAAGAGAAGAUGAAUGAUAUCUUGUCUGUGCUGAAUAGAUUGAACAACCACUCUUUUGUCGAUUGCAGCGGUCUUGUCGUUGUCUCCGCCAGACGCGCCAGAAGCGCGAUUACCUAGCGCCAAUCACUCGUGUUCCCAAAUUUCACGUCGAAUCAACAUGACGACCACAAUCAACGCCAAUUCGCACAAAUCUCUGAUCCGCAACAAAGUUUGGUCACGGCUUCGAGCAGUCGCACUCCCAGAUUCCAGGUUUCAUCACGACUACUCGUCUUUCAUCGCAGACUUCGAAGGGUCUUCUGCUGCAACAGAUCUACUCCAGUCUCUUCCUGCCUACCAAAAUGCACACCUUAUCUUCAUCGCACCCGACAACUGUCUACAAGAGCUUCGAUAUCGAUCCUUGACCGACGGAAAGAAGGUUAUAGUGACUACAUAUGGCAUACGAAGAGGAUUCUGGAUCCUAGAUCCAGAGCAGAUACACGAGUCACAAUGGCAGAUGGCGAGCGUGCUAGAUGGGAUGGAGAACAUUGGGAGGCAUAUGACUCUUGCAGAUAUAUCUGAACUCCCUACAGACAUAGCCCUGAUGGUUACUGGCACAGGUGCAAUCAAUCUUAAGGGAUUGAGGUUUGGGAAAGGUCAUGGGUACUUCGACCUCGAAUGGGCCAUGCUAUAUAGCAUUGGGAAGGCAAACCAGAGAACGCAAACUAUUGCAGUUGUUCAUGAAUGUCAGGUUCUUGAUGAGGAACUGCGAGGAGAGGUUUGGGAUACGGGAUGUGAUUUCGUCGUCACCAACGACAAAGUCAUUAACGUCAAGGAUGCGAGUAAGCCGAGCUGUGGCAUACUCUGGGACAAGCUGGAGGAUGGGAUGCUCGAGGAUAUUGAACCUUUGAAAGAACUGGAGGCAAUUAAGAAACGAUCACGGGCAGGCUGAACAUUGAGACAAUGAUAGCUUGACCUCUGUGAUGUCUCUUCCCAUAGAAGUUCUGCUUGACGUCCACUUCUCCAAAGGGCAUUGGGAAUUGCAAAGUGCUGAGUGUUACGCAAUAGGCAAAGCUGUUUGACUGCUGAAAGGUGGCACUUAAGUCACCGUC